AUGACGGCUCUCCUCCCGCCACAUAUACUCGCUUCAUUAUUGCAGACUUGCCCAUGUCGAGAGACCCAAAUCAGGCAACUUGCAAGUUACUACCAUGACCUGUUCCCAAGUCCCCCCAUUCUCGUCGCCUACGGGCUUGAGAGCACGAGCAAGAGCGAGGUGAUUCUGAACGUCUUAGAUAAGAGGGAAAUCCCACAUGCGCUUCUCAGAAGCAGAGAAUGUCUCACGCAGCGACAUCUCCUUUCCAAGAUCUUUGCAUCCUGCGUUUCGGCCUUCGAGCAAGAAUCACAAACCGGGCAGUACGACAGAAUCGACAGCAUCAAUGCAUUGCUUGGGAAUCUACGCAAACUGUUUGAAAGAGCCGGACAGAGAAGGUUCGUGGUUGUCAUUGAGGGAAUUGACAAAUUGAAGCACGCCGGACCGACACUGCUGCCGGCUUUGGCACGACUGGGCGAUCAGAUUCCUGGGUUGUCGGUCCUCCUAACCUCGAAUUCGCCCAAGCCUCUCAUGCUGCAGAGAGCCGGCGUCCCAUAUGUUCACUUUCCUCCAUAUUCGCGGUCCGAAGCACUUCAGAUAAUCACCUCACCACUGUCGCCGCUUCCCCAAGCAGAUGUUGAGAAGGGAGUGGUCAAUAUGUCGAAGAUAUACGCGCAGUUCGCUAUAACCAUCUACGACUCUCUUAUCUCCGCUACUUCCUCCACGUCCAUAGAAACAUUUCGCAAGAUUUGCGACAACUUAUGGCCCACAUUCAUUCGGCCAGUAUUGACGGGUGAGAAACCGCCAGGUUCGGGGAGGGACCGAACAUGGGAUUUUGCAAAACUACUCGUAAAGAAUCGUGCACUUUUUCACUCGGAAGCUGAAAAUGCCCUGCAUGAUACACUUCCUGCUCAAUCGCCGCAACAACAGACCAAAACCGCACAAGAAACGAUGAUCGCACCCACGACACCAUCAAAACGAGCAGCUGGUUGGACUGAAGCUCCGACUUCGAGCAUACCUACGUCGAAAGUCCUGCAACGACGGCGACCACCCCUGCUAAAGCAUUUCCCUACGCUUGUCCUUAUAUCCUCCUACUUAGCCAGUCACACUGCGCCCAAACAUGACAUCCUCCUUUUCUCGCGCCUGAGCUCCGCCUCAAGUACAACCAGCAAGAAGAUUCGAAGACUCAGACAGACGCCUACGAAACGAAAGACGGGAACAACGCCAAACGCGAACCCAGAUGCUACAACGCAAACAAAGUCUCGGACAAAAUCGAUUUUCGCUGCUAAUGCGAACCUCGGUAUCCCGAGGCCCUUCAGCCUGGAACGAGUCUUGGCAAUUCUUCGCGCUGUCCACCCGCAUGGCAUACCAAACCGGCCUGGCCGCGUCGUGAGUGAUCGAGUAUAUCGUGAGCUGGGCGAAUUGGAGAAGCUUCGGCUGGUUGUCCGGACUACAGGAUCAGGUCUUCAUGGAGCCAGUGCAGCGACGGGCACCACGGGCACUGCUGCUGCCGAUGAUUUUACAGAAGAGAAAUGGAGGGUCAAUGUCGGUAGGGAUUGGGUUGUAGAUAUGGGCCAUGUAUGGGGUAUGGGGGUUAGUGAGUACGAGAUUGAGCAGGAUGUGUGAUCAACAUACGUUGUGCUAUAACUCAGCAAUAGAGAUGUGUCAAUUAGAAGAGAAUAUCCAAUUCCCUACAUAUAGUU